CCGUUGGUUCCGCUUAAACCCGGAACUAUUUCAGAGUUGGCGGGCGCGGCCAUCUUUGAUCAGAAAAUUUGUAACGAUAAACUUGCAGCUUGAAUCGAUUCGAAUCCAGCCCUUCUUCCAUCCAUCCACCAUGGCUGACAGAGAGGACGAGGUCUAUAAAGCUAAGCUGGCAGAGCAGGCUGAGCGAUACGAUGAAAUGGUUGAGGCCAUGAAGGCGGUUGCGGAGCGGAACACGGAGCUGAGUGUGGAGGAGAGGAACCUGCUGUCGGUGGCGUACAAGAACGUGAUCGGAGCCCGGCGCGCCUCCUGGAGGAUCAUCAGCAGCAUCGAGCAGAAGGAGAAGGACAAGAACAACGUGGAGAGGGUGGAAAAAAUCACGGAGUACAGGUUGGCGGUGGAGCAGGAGCUGAAGUGCAUUUGUGAUGACAUCCUCGACGUCAUCGACAAAAACCUUAUCCCUUCAGCCACGGCAGGCGAGUCCAGGGUCUUCUACUACAAGAUGAAGGGCGACUACCACCGGUACCUGGCAGAGUUCACCAAAAGUAACGACAGGGCAGCGGCCGCCGAGAACAGCCUGCUGGCCUACAAGGCCGCCAACGACAUCGCCAUGAUGGAACUGGCGCCCACACACCCCAUCCGCCUCGGUCUCGCCCUCAACUUCUCCGUCUUCUACUACGAGAUCCUGAACUCACCCGACCGCGCAUGCCGUCUCGCUAAAGCUGCAUUUGAUGAUGCCAUUGCAGAGCUGGACACACUGAGUGAAGAGAGCUACAAGGACUCCACACUCAUCAUGCAGUUGUUACGAGACAACCUGACCCUCUGGACAUCAGACAUGACGACGGACGGUAAGGACGAUGGUGAGGGAGGAGACAAAGAGCAGGUGCAGGACGUAGAGCAGGGAGAGGACGCCCAAUGAGCACACUUUGCCGCGUCACUCUGCCCCCUUUAAUUUGUGUUUAGAUCUCCCGACAAGUUUAGCACACACUUUCUUACUCAGGCACCAAGCCUUGUACGAGCCAGAGGCAGAAAAUAGGAGAGAGGGGUGUCAAUCAAAAUGACAACCUUGUGGCACGUGUUGGUCACGGAUGAGACACCAGUGUCACUUUAGAGAACCUAGACUCAUAGUUUCCCC